AUGGUGUUUCCAGAGGCGCGUUCUACCGAAAAUUACGCGAUGAAGAAUCCAGCCAUAGCUUCAGAUCUCAGCCAGUUGUCGUUGUGUUUUUUCAUGAAACUUGUUCAAGACCAAGGGGCUCAGAUAGUCGUCAGCUAUGCCAAGAAACGUAGCAAUGAGAUGCUUGUCGAAAUUUAUCCAACGCGAACAGAUGUUUAUGUUGGCAACAAGUUGUUCCGGUAAUUCUGUAUAUAUUUUUUAAAGUCGGACGGGGUAUUUCUUAAGCGAGACGCGAUAAAUCAUAAUACAGGAAAUGCUUCCUCCUAGAUAGUUAAUGUCUAACACUUUGCGGAAAGGAAGAAAGUUAAAUAUACAAACAAACGGAAAGCGUUGAGCUUCUUUCUCUUUUCUUAUCGUGAUUUCAAUAUUAAAUAUGUUAACCUUUGACCAAAACAAAUCUAGACUUAUUUUCCUUACGCUUUGCAAAUAACUAUUCGGGUCCUUGUUUAAAAUGUGAUUUAGAUCACAUUGCCCAAUAGGGCAUUCAAAUCUUUCAAUUAACAAAGACUCGCUUAUUAAGGUUUUAGCCAUAAAAGGAUGAGGUUCCUUAACCGACCCGGCUUUCGAAAUAGUAGCUCAGAUCAUACUUUUGAUAUAGCAGAGAUGAAAUUAAGAGAUUGACCGAAUGAAUGCAAUGAACGAACGAAAACAAAGAACGAAUGGAAGCUUGAAGAUUGACUGACUGACAGAUUACUGACCGACUUGCUGACAGACUCACCGGUUGACAGAUUGACCGACUGACAGGCCACUUACAUAUAGUUAUAAACUGAUUGGCUUCUGACUCACAGACUGAAUGCCUCCACUGACUGACUUAGUGACAAUGAAAAAGGAGGGUCUUAAAUGUCUUAAAUGAUCGAAUAUAAUUAAUAGUGUUUGCUUUUGUUUUGUUUUGUUUUGUUCUGUUUUUUUUUUCUUCAGGUUUACCGCGACAAAUCUCUACCAUGAUACUUGGCAACACACGUGUGUCACUUGGGAAAAUACUCAAGGAGUAACGAAACUCUAUAAAGAUGGUCAAUUUACCGGACAGGUAACAAAUAGUGCCACUGAGAACUUUACACUUACGGCUGGCGGCUUCCUGGUGCUUGGACAAGACCAAGACUCUAUUGGCGGAGGUUUUCGUGUUAGAGAAACUCUUCAUGGCCGAUUGGCAAGUAUCAACAUGUGGGAUAAAGUUCUGUCCGAAAGCGACAUUGCCGCUCAGUACACAAAUUGCAGCGUACCUCGUGGUUCUGUUCUUAACUGGUCUGUAUUCAAAAGUCUUACUCAUGGCAAUGUCACAGUUGAAGAGCCGUGAACUAAAUUGUUUAGUGAUCAAACACUCACGACUCAUAACUCACGUCAUGUAAAAUUCCUUGUGUUAGUGUAUUUACUGUAGGCAUGACUAAAUCACGUGGUAUAAGUACAAAAUAGAUAGCGAAAGCUAAACUGAGAGCACGAUAAAAUCGAGCAAAGAAAACUCAAGGGACAGAGAUGUAUGUUCCUGAUCCAGGCCAAGAUCUAAAAUGUGUGAUCUCCAUUAGAGCUAUUUAUAGAUAGUCCCUCGUACGAACAGGUCGGUAUGGGGGCUAACCUCGAUCGUAUGCUCAUAGAUAGGAAAGGAACUGGUAUUUUACACGAAAUACUAUUUAAAUGUUUGACUUUCCGAUUUUGAAGCCACUGUUGUUUCCGGGGGAAGUGAAACGUGCUGAGACAGUUUCAAUUCAGACAGUUUGAAGUAUUAAAAACAUGAACAAGGAUCCGGAUAAGCGGUAACAGCUUUCUCUCUUCAGACAACUCUUGCUGCACUGCUUGAACUAUUUAAAGCAUUAAAACGUCUGUAAACGUUUACGAAUUUCUUUCCGCUUUUUCAAUUUCUAGCAUCUAUUUCGUACAUCGUUCAAUAAUAAUAAUAAUAAUAAUAAUAAUAAUCGAAUUAAUAAUGAUAAUGGGAACAAUUACAAUUUGGUGGUUGACAUUCCUUGAGGUGACUCUUCUUGAAUUCCUUCCACCGUAAUUCUCCUAAAAAAGUGAUGAAAUUGAAACAGGUCUACCAGUAAAUGCCUGUUUCUUAUUUCGAGUGCCAAACAUAUGGAAUAACAUCCUCUUGGUAGGAAGGCAGGGGAUAGGGGUGGGUUUUUGAUCAAUUUAAGCUCAUGCAUCCUACAGUCAUUACAUAGUGCCUGCCGCGUAUAAUGGAAAUCUUUAAGAGAGGAGGCAGCCAUUAGGAUUAGGCUUUUUGUUCUGAUUGUAAUGAAUCUUAGCUAAUCCUACCAGUCAUUAAAUAAUCUAAAAAUUAAUAAAAUUAGAAUACUAGCCGCCAGCAAAGCAGCCGGUCGAUAGAAGUAUUUAAAAGCAGGGUUUAUCACAGGUCCGAAAAAUGAAUGAAUCGUAGGUUGGAAGUGGAGACCAUAAGAAGAGCACACAUAGAUUUCAUCGAACACCAGCCCAAGUCUAAACACUGCUUUAAACACGUUUAGCCGUACAGUAAAUGUAAGAUAAGUGCUUGGAGUAUCCACAGACAGUGAUUAGAUCAGUGGAAGGCAAGAACACGGGAAAAUGAAGGAUGGGGUUGGACGGGGGGGAGAGGGAAGGGGCUGAUGAAUAACAGCAGCUACUUAACUGCUUGUAAACUCAACAAGUAAAUAAAUGAAGUUCACCUCCCUAAUAAUCAUACAACUGCCUUCAAUUCAACUCUACGGACAACCUCUUGUGGGCCAAGGAAACUGGGUUUCUAAAUACUUCAGGUAAAACUAGGACUUCAAAAUUAUGAAGAAAUAACUGCCCUUGAGCUUGAAUAUCACGUAAUCUUCAAUGCUAGGCCUCGGACAACCUGUUAAAAACCGGUUGUUCUCGAAAAAACCGGUGAAAACAUAUUUUCAAAGCUUUCUCUUGAAACAAUAGCUUAAAAAAAUAAAUUAAAAAAACUGACCUUGUAACUCAACUAUUCAACAUAUCAUCUCGAAACUCCCUCAUUCAAUGCAUGGUUUCAUAGGGUGCCAUGAGCGACGAGAAAACCUUUUGUAGCAUUAUUUUUCUCCUGAAUUUCCAUAUCAAAAACUAGUGUGCUCUAAAAUAAAAGAGACUAGAAAGAAAGAUAAAGAAACCUAGGGACGCGAGGAAACAUUUACCGAGGAAGACAAACAGGAGCAAAUCAGGAGGCCAAAGGCUUAAAAAAGGAAACCAAAUUAAUAAUUGAUUACAAGAUAUCGAGUCGUUAAAAGCAGAUGUUUGCAAAGCCCAUGUAAAAGCUUAAUGCUGCAUGUCUGUGGCAUUGCGAAAUCAUGUAUCCCCAUGAAAAUCAUUUCUCUUUGAGCUAGAAGAAUAUGAUGGCUUUUUUCUAUUUAUCUGCCAAUUUUCUUGCUCUGGUUGUAUCGGCGAGCUCUGUGAAGACUUCAAAAGGUAUCAUUUUUUUCCGUUGCAGUGAUGCUCGCGUUCCUUUCUGCUUUAUUCUCCUGAUAUCUAAUUAUGUUUUAAAGAAAGUAUAGGCCAAAACAAUUUUAAUUGGUCAUCUUCAUUUCUUUAUCAAACACAGGACAUACGCCAAAUGAUGGGGUUGUCUUCACCGAUUUUCUUGCUCACAAUGGCUACUACUUGAACAUCACAACGGUUGGUACAGAACUGGUCCAAGACUCCUUUGAGUGCGCGUUCAAGUGUCUCGAGAAGGAUCCGUGUUUGUCCUUCAACCUGGCAGAUUUGGAUGAUGACAUUGACAAUCUGCUAUGUGAACUGCUUCCAUCUGACCAUUACACCCAUUCAGACAAGUUCAUCACUAACCGACUUUGGUAUCACUAUAGUAUUGCGGUAAGUUUUUUAUUUUCUACUUUAUCUUAUUAUUUCGUUUCUUUGUUAUUAUCAUUUCAUCCUGAUAAUAACUAAAAUCGGUUACAGUCGUUUGAGCAAAUUUUAUUCAACUGUUCAACAUUAAUAUCUCUCUUUAGCUUUAUGUUCACUUUUUUAUUCCUCGCAAGCCAUUUUUAAGUCGUUUAUCGAUCCGUCAUCGCAGUUUGUUUGACUGGAUUUCAUCAUGGAAGUAAGUAAUUGAUUUUCUCGGUUUCAGUCUCCUUGCUUGAAGUUGCCCUACCAGAACGAUGGAACUUGUAUACCUCUGUACCGGACAAACAGCUACAAGUGUCGCUGUACGAAGGCAUACACCGGAAGCCACUGCGAAAAAGGUAAAGGUUUAGUUUCUAGAACAAUGUUUUUAAAAAUAUUUCGUGCGCGUGCUUGUCGUAUCUGAUGCCUACUUAGCCAUCACUCAUCGUCAUCUGACUUCAUACUGACUUGUUUGUACAAACAUGAAUUUUUUUUCCAUUAUUAUUCAUUUUCUUUGUUCUUUUUACAUCAGUUGAUAAUGACUGCAGCUGUUCAUCAGGACCAGAAGGAAAACAGAGAUGCAAAAUAGGUCAGUUAAUAUCCCACCUUCGAGCGACUUCCUCUUCACGAAGACCAACGAAAUUCGUGCACGCACACGCACACACACACGCACACACGCAUGAAAAGGCGGUGGAUAAGCUAUGCGAUGCGUCCAUGUUUUGCCUUAUGGAACUUUAUAGCGAGUGAGGUAAGGGUCGAAGUAUAGAAGGAGAACACGCACCCAUCCAGGCACCCGCGCAAACAUGCAGAUGCAGACGCAAACACAAAAGAGGUGAACAGGCUAAGAGACACGUCCGACAUUCUAUUCACUAGAGAGUGACGACUUCCUGUUUUGUCUUCUCCACCUAUGCAAUAACCAUGACAUCUAUACGACGAUCUUCAUAUUCUCCACUGUUGAUAAUUACAUUAGGGCCUUAGAUAGUUGUUGAGGACGCAGCCCGAACCCACUACCUUGCAAAGAAAGUAGGGGAAAACUAUCAGUUACCUGGGUAGAACUACGAGUCGUUCAAAACUUGAAAAGAAGGCAGUAGUGGGUCUUAUUCUAUGUUGCUUACAAUCGAAUACUGUUAUGCUAUCGUCCCCGAUAAGUGUGCGGUAUUUAUGAAGAACACUAGAAGAUAUAUACAAAUACUGGAUCCUUCUGAGGAGGGAAAAUUAAUUGAAGAAAGUGCAGUUUCCCAAACAAUUCCAAAUUUCUGCAAUUCAUUUCCUCUGUUAUAGAGUACCUUAUAGUGUUUCCGGAGCCGCGUUCUACCGGAAAUUAUGCCAUGAAGAAUCCAGCCAUAGCUUCAGGUCUCAGCCAGUUGUCGCUGUGUUUUUUCAUCACACUUGUUCAAGACCAAAGAGCUCAGACAGUCGUCAGCUAUGCCAAGAAACGUAACAAUGAGAUGCUUGUCGAAAUUUCCCCAAAAAGGACAAUUGUUUAUGUUGGCAACAAGUUGUUCCGGUAAUGCUGCAUAUAUUUUUUUUAAAAGUCGGUCGGGGUAUUUUUUAAUUGAGCCAAGAUAAAUCAUGAUACAGGAAAUGCUAUGAUCGGCUUCUUCCCCCUAGAUAGUUAAUGUCUAACGCUUUGCGGAAAGGAAGAGAGUUAAACAUACAAAUAAACGAAAAGCCGUGGCUACUUUCUCUUUUCUUACCAUGAUUUAAAUACCAAAUAUGUUAAUCUUUGACCAAAACAAAUCUAGAAGUAUUUUCCUUGCGCUUUGCAAAUAACUAUUCGGGUCCUUCAUUUAAAAUGUGAUUUAGAUCAUAAUGCUCAAUAGGGCAUUAAAAUCUUCCAAGUAACGAGGACUCGCUUAUUACGGUUCUAGCCACAAAAGGAUGAGGUUUCUUAACCGACCUGGCUUUCAAAAUAGUAGCUCAGAUCAUACUUUUUGAUAUAGCAGGAAUUGAAAUGAAUGAAUGAAAGCAAUGAACAAAUGGAAGCUUGAAGAUUGACUGACCGACAGAUUAUUGACCGACUUCACUGGUUGACAGAUUGACUGACUGAUCACUGACUGACAGACUGAAUGACUCUGCUGACAAUGAAAAUGGAGGGUAUUGAAUGAUCGAAUAUAAUUAAUAUUGUUUACUUUUGUUUUGUUCUCAUUGUUCUUUGUUUUUUCUUCAGUUUUACCUCGACAAAUCUCUACGAUGAUACCUGGCGACACGUGUGUCUCACCUGGGAAAAUACUCAAGGAGUAGCGAAACUCUAUAAAGAUGGUCAAUUUACCGGACAGGUAACAAAUAAUGCCACUGAGAACUUCACACUUACGGCUGGUGGCUUCCUGGUGCUCGGACAAGACCAAGACUCUAUUGGCGGAGGAUUUAUUCGUAAGCAAACUCUUCAUGGCCGAUUGGCAAGUGUUAACAUGUGGGAUAAAGUUCUGUCCGAAAGCGACAUUGCCGCUCAGAACACAAAUUGCAGCGUACCUUAUGGUUCUGUUCUUAACUGGUCUGUUUUCAAAAAUCUUACACAUGGCAAUGUCACAGUUGAAGAGCCGUGA